CCGUUGCAGCUUGGUGAACAACGCGCACUGGCUAAUGGCUUACCGGCGAGUUCACUCUUUCUUACCACCAUUAUACUCCCUAUGAUUCCUAAUAAUAUUAAGAUUAUAAAUACAGUAUAUGAAAACAAACUGGUGAUGUGUAAUAGGAAAGGACAGACGAGAAGAAUACUGUAGUCAGAUUCGUUUGUUAUAGUGUCCUCUCGGGUAGUGGUUCUUCAGUAGCGAGCAACUAUGAAGUUAUUGAAGAUGUUGAGUGCAGUGAUGCUGGCAGCUGUGUUAGCACUGAACAUUCUAGGUUUCUCGGAUGGGUUUCUACUGGCGGAGUACGAUCAGAGAGGUCUGAGGGGACAGGUGGGGCUUCUGAGGGCUCCCGGCGGAGAGGUGACAGUGGCGGCCAGCAUCAAAGGCGCUGUGAAGGGGGAGGUGUUCGUGUGGAAGAUUUUCAACACCCCUGUGGCGCCUUAUGAGGAGUGUGUCCCCAGCAACUAUGGCCAAGAACUGUUGGACCUGAGCGAGAAACACGGGUUGCUGUUGGCGGAGACUGUGGUGAGCCUAGGCGAGUUGGACCUCUGGCAGCUAGUGGAGCGUCCGUUAGUGCUCAAAUCCCUUACGACAUUGCGAGUAGUGUGUGGCAUCCUUAGGCCCACCGCCCCCACCGUCACCUACGUCGCCUCCUUCAUCACUACCCUCGCCGGCAAGAUGGUUUUUAGGCAGGUAGACGAUGGCGGCCAGUCGGUGACGGGGGUGAGGUCAACCCUGGUGGCCGCUAGUACCAAAUUGAAGGCACCAGCCACCCUCACUUGGCGACUCUUCAAUAGGAGGUACGAGUCUGAAGACGUGUCCCUGAGCAAUAUGCGGGACGGGUGCGCUGCCCUUGGACACUUCCCUGGAUCUGUAGUGCACGAGGCUAUCUACCCUAUACCACUGGGGACCACUAAAGCAGAGGCGCGUCACUACGAAUUGGAGAGACUCCCCAACCUUCACAUGGUAGCGGGGCGGGGAGUGGUGUAUGUGGUGGUGUACGCUGGAGAGCGGAUGCUGGGGUGUUCCCGCCUCUUCAGGUCUCAACCUCGCAGGGCCGUCGCUCACUUCACCCCAACUACGGUAGGUGGGGUGGGAGGAAGAGUGGAGGUGUAUCAGGUGUCACCUCUCGACCAUGUCAAGCUCUCUAUCAACCUUACACUCCCUCGAGGCAACGCCGCCGCCUUUGGCAUCGACAACUUCGCCAUAGGAGACAGGAUCUCAUGUACUGGGUUGUCUCGUCGGUUCUAUGAGCCAUGGUAUGUGGACCUGGACCUGACGCCGGCACCACAGCAGGGAACAAAAGACCUCUAUCCUGCUGGGGACUUGAGCGGCAAGUUCGGCACACUGAUUAGUCUGAAGGAGGCGGCAGCUACGCUCACUGACCCGACCAUUACACUCUUCGGAGAACACAGUGUUAUUGGUCGUGGCGUGGCGGUGUAUGACCCCAGUUGGAGGGUGGUGGGGUGUGCCGACCUAAAGAGCGAGGUGCCUCAGGUGAACGCGGUCGCUGUCUUCUCAGGUGCCAUAUCCGGCGUCCUCCGCCUCUCACAACCCAUGGACUCCAUCUUCUCCGAGACAAUUGUCUACCUCCGGCUGUAUCGCACGGGAGGCAAGGAUUCGGCAGGGCACACGUGGCAUAUACACACCCAGAGCCUGGACGAGAACGGCAAGUGUAGUUCUGCUGGCGGACACUUUAAUCCCUUCUUCACCAACUUGACAGACAGGCAGAAGUAUAACGGUACCCCUUUGCCUCACACAGCCUACGAGGUUGGGGACCUGCACGGCAAGCAUGGCGAAGUCACCAUCCCGGGACCUCGCACUUCGCAGCGUGACCUGUCUUCUGGGCGUUACCAGUGGACGGACGAGUGGCUGCCGCUGCUUGGGGAGGCGUCGGUGCUCAACAAGGCCCUGGUGGUGCACGACGCUGACGGAGACGCUGCUAGGGUUGCCUGUGCUAAUAUAGUCAUGGAAGAAAUCACAGGCUGAUGGCUAGGAGGAAGAGGUACAGUGUUGAUACAAAGAAAUGGGAACACCUGGAGACAAGCUUCAGUGUUGGGUAAGAGUCACAACCUAACCUAAGCACCGUCAUCCCUGUUGUAAUGUAGGAAGAAAAGUCAACCAUUCUCUUCAUUUUAUCAUUAUCAGUAGACUGGUGACUCACGGUGGUACAUGAUCUCCUCAGUUUCCUCCUGCUAGUGCCAAAAUCACGACCAUUGUAUUAUUUAGAGCACUGUAUGUUGAAGUACCAUUACGGUGAUAAAUUAAGAUGUUUAUUUGUCCAUUAUAUAACUGUAUGUGUACUGUAGUUUUAUUGUGUAUGUAGAUAUUAUCUGGUAUCCAAGUAGCCUAUUAUUGUAGUAGUAUUAACAGGCACAGGUGUGGAUAACAUGGCUGGCUGGGGUGUUGUCAUGGCGUGAGUCUGGUGUUCAAGGUUUUAUUUAUUUAACUUACUUAUCUGUUAACUGCUUUUCCGGGAUAUUUAAUGCUUGAGUUUCUUUAAAAAAAAUUUGGUAGGAAGAUAAUAUUAGUGUUUUAUAGUUUUUCCUCCCAUUUUCAUAAAAUUUCAAUAAAAGUUAAUUUCUUAAAAGCGUGAAAAUAUGAACCAAUAAUUUUUGAAUAAUUUGUCUUUUAAUCUCGAUACAGCGUCUUAUUCUUUGUGUGAAAAUGUAUAGAGUUGAACCAUUUCACUUGUAUUACGUUUGGAAAAUAGCAUAAAGGUUUUCAUUACCUCGGUCUUGAAUUACAGUAUAGUAUUU